UGCAUGCGUGAGAGGUCCACCUGCUCAGGUUGGCGUUUUAGGGGCGUGACACGCGUGUCAGAUGUGAACUGAACCAUGAGGCCAAGUCAUUUUUCUCUUGUCACACAGAAGCAAACUCCAAGAAGUGAAAAACAAGGUCUAACUUGUUUUUUGGUAGUUGUGUUUGGAUUUUGGGAAAACAUGAUCUGUGGAGAUGUCAGUGAAAUCAUGAAAGCUUCAGUCAUUCCUUCUUGUGGAUGUGCUUCUGGGCAAAAAUGUGUCAGAGUGAAGAAACCACAUGUAGGACAUAAGUUUCAGAUACUGGUUUUCCUGCUGGCAGGCCUUGCUUCACGUAACCACACCUCUGCAGUUACGUUCCUUCCUACUGUUGCUUCUGCAAGCUUCCAGACUACAAAACCUACGAUCCAUUCACACACAAGAAUGGCAGACGUGCAAAAUUCAGUGUAUUACUUUGUGGACACCACAGUUGUCGUGACAGGAGAUAAGAAGAAUGAAUCAGAUGUUACUGCCUGGCUUCGCCAAGUAUUUCAAAACAACUUGGAGAACUGCAUGUCUCCUAACCAUGAAGAACAAACUACCACACCCAUUUCUGCACAUACUACAUCUGACAAGCUGCUGUAUGACUCCGCAAACAUGAAGACAAGAGUGCCAUCUUCAUCAGCAACAGCGGUACUCACGCUGAACUACACCAUGACACCUUCAGGCAGCCUCAGACCCAAAUCUGACAGCGACAAAAGGCUUGUCACCUCCAGAAAUCCCAGCAGUGUGACCACUCAACACACCACCAGUGGGACCAAAACAAUGGAUAUUGACCUGUUUCAAGGAAUCGAAGUUUCAUGUGCCAAAAAAAUUGCAAUAAAAAAAACGACAUGUGUCAUAACACUGAAGGUAAAACAGAGUGUACACCCAUGUUGCAUUCUCCGUGCUCUCUGUGUGAGAGGAAAAAAUUCCUCAGACAUCCAUGCCGUUGGACAGAAAGUUGAAAGAGUGGGGGAGAUGGUUUCUCAAAAUAACAGCACGGAGUGCCGCGAUGUUCAUCAAAAUACCUGCAUUUCUACGGGUCACAUCGGUGCAGCAUGUGAAAACUCUACGUACAUGAUCAUGAACUCGACUCGUUGUGAAGAUAAUAAGGAAGCCAAGUGCACCUGUUCUGCUUACUGCAAUCAAAGUGAUGCAUUCUAUGCUUUUCAAAUUCAAUCAGAAGCUCCCACAAUAAAUGUUACAUAUAUCUACUCCCUGAUUUCACAUCUAAAACAACCACCAACCUGUUCUCCAAGUGCACUAGUUUCAUGUCCGCUCUCCACAGUUGCUUCUGAAUACAAGGAUGCCCACGUUGACUGUGGAAGUGCUUCAUCAAAGUGCAGAGUGAUUCUCCACUUCAGCCAAGAGCUUCCAAUUUGUGUUGUGUCAGCAGCCGUCAACAUUGUGCUUCAGCCUAUGAAUGACAUCACCUUUAUUCAACCUGUGACUCGCGCAGCAAUUUGUGGAAAUUCUAAUGUCACUGAAAAGCCGCUGCUGUCACCACUGACAUGGGUCACUACAUCCAUGAAGCCUUCUAACAUCUGUACAACAAUCACACAGUCUAACAUCACCAGCUGUCACAAUAGACAGAAUGUGUGCUUACUACUGGAUGAGAAGUGCGAUCAGAUCCACUUUUGCACAUCCAGACCAAACGUGACAACUGUACGGCAAAAUGUCACUUUGUCCAUCACACUGAAUGCAACAGCUGAGGAGUACACAACCACCGCUGCCACAACAACAACAAAUACCUCCACAACCGAUUCUCCUCCUGUUUCAGCCCUCACCAAAACAACACCCGUCAACAGUACAACUGAACCAGCAACCAGUGUGACAGCUGAAAGCGUUGAAAGUCAAGCCUACAUUCUGCUCACACUGAGCAAAGAUGCAUCACAGCUCAACUACAGCCAGGUGGAACAGCUGUUGUCUCAGCUGGAGAACCUGCUGUCGGGCCCCAACAUCAGCCUGGCUCUGGGAAACAUCUCUGUCAACAUUGUUAGCAAUCUGCAAAAUGCUUCUGCUGACAUCCUGGUCAUCCUGUCCAGCAGGAUCAUAGGGAUUGUAGAUACUGUGGGAUUGAAGCUGGUCCUUCCAGAUGACACAGAGACCCUUCUAUCCCCAUCUGUAGCUCUGUCUGUGAAAAAGGCAAACGGCAGUGACUUUGAGGAAACAGUUUUUUUCAUCUUAGACCCCACACAUGUACAGGUCCGUGUGAACACCAGGAGGAGAAGGAGUUUAAGAACAGACUUCUUACACCCUCAAGGCUUCAUCAAACUGCCCCGUACUCUCACACAGAACCUGCCGUCCCAACAACAGCAACAGGUCUCCAGAGUCCAGUUCAACUACUUCCAGGAGAGCUCAGUAUUCCAGGACCCAUCUUUGGGAGGUGAUCUUAAACUGAACAGUGGAAUCCUGGGAGCCAGUGCAACCAACCUGUCAAUCAGAGAACUGCAAGACGACAUUGAAAUUUACCUGAGGAACACAGAGCCCAUCCCAGAUAAUUUUGUGGCUCGAUGUGUUUUCUGGGACUACACACUGAAUGAUGGAUUUGGUGGCUGGAACCAAAACGGUUGCUUUGUCAAAAACAGUGCAGUCGAUGUGACAGUGUGUGGAUGCAACCACCUGACUAGUUUUGCAAUACUGCUGGAUCUCUCCAGAAAGCCGAUAACCAGCCGUGUCCAGGCUGACAUCCUCACGUUUAUUACAUAUAUUGGCUGUGGAGUUUCUGCCAUCUUCCUAUCAGUCACGCUCCUCACCUACUUGGCCUUCGGGAAGUUGCGUAAGGACGCUCCCUCUAAAAUCCUGGUCCAGCUGUGCCUGGCUCUGCUGCUGCUCAAUCUGGUCUUCCUCGUGGAUUCGUGGCUGGCGCUGUAUCCACAGGCGGUAGGACUCUGCAUCUCCACCGCCUGGUUCCUUCACUACUUCCUGUUGGUUUCCUUCACCUGGAUGGGACUUGAGGCUGUACAUAUGUACUUAGCUCUCAUCAAAGUCUUCAACAGCUACAUACCACAUUACAUGGUCAAGUUUUCGUUGGUCGGCUGGGGUGUGCCGCUCAUUGUGGUCAUUAUCGUCAUAGCCAUCGACAAGGAUAACUACGGGCUCCUGUCCUACGCCAGGUACCCUGACAGUUCCACCGGCGACUUCUGCUGGCUGAAAAGUGACAUUGCUUUCUAUGUCGCAGUGGUGGCCUAUUUUUGUAUCAUCUUCCUGUUCAACUUCAUCAUGUUUAUUGUAGUAUUGGUCCAACUUUGUCGGUUAAAGAAACACAAUCCUCACAACACUCAGCAUCGCACCAUCAUGCAGGAUGCACGGAGUGUUGCAGGGAUAACAGUCCUCUUGGGCCUCACCUGGGGUUUUGCCUUCUUCGCCUGGGGGCCCGUUAACCUGCCAUUCAUGUACCUGUUUGCCAUCUUUAACUCUUUACAAGGUUUUUUUAUAUUUGUUUUCUACUGCGCGAUGAAGGAAAAUGUGAGGAGACAGUGGAGAACCUACCUGUGCUGUGGAAAACUGAGACUAGCAGAGAAUUCUGACUGGAGUCGUACCGCCACCCAGAAGACUGUGAGGCAGCUAUCGGUGGUCAGACAAGCGUCACAGCUGUCCUGGACCAAACACUUGUCCAGCUCCUCGUCUUUUCUAGUCAGUGACUCUGCAGAGUCAGUGACGAGUCAGAUUACCGGUGUUGGAAGCCCAUUUGAAGACGAGAUGAUCACAGUUUCUGAACAGCCCAGCACAGACGUGAUCCUCAAUGAGAUCAACAGACGGCACAGAAGUCAACAAGCACACUGAUUCGUGUCAACAACCUGUUGAAUGUUUGUCUUGUGUUGAAAUACCACACCACAGAGUAGGCCAUAUUACACAUGCAUGGAAUCUAUAGUUUGACUUGUACACUACAUUAAAGGCAUUAUGCACUUAAUUUGGACACAUUUCUAUAUAUACUUUGUAUUUCAUUGUAUUUGCAUGAAGCAGAACAAUCUACACACCACUGAAUAAUGGUGCUACUGUGAUCACAUUCUGCUUCUGCACACACCGACAUGCUAUGGCCAGCCAGUUUGUGCAAACAUCACAAGUACAGUGCAUCCGGAAAGUAUUCACAGCACUUCACUUUUUCCACAUUUUACGUUGCAGCCUUUUUCCAAAAUGGAGGAAAUUCAAUUUUUUUUUCCCUCAAAAUCUAUACACAGUACC